AAACACCGACCGAAAGUUUCAAAAAUAAUAUUCAUUUCAAAAAAAAAAAACUUAUUUUAUUUUUUACUCAUUAAACACCAUUUAAAAUUAUAUAUUAUUGUUUUAUCACAACUUUUGAUAUUAAAUGGAAAAUAUAAAAAUUGCAUCUGUGGAGCACAUUCUUGUAAAAAAGUUUAAUGAAGGUAUGAAUGGGUGUGGUAAGCGCUGCUUAUCUUUAAUUACAGAAGUAGCUGGUGAAACUCAUUUAUCCAUAAAGACAGUUAAAAGCUGGAUUGCUAGGCACAAAGCAAAAAGCCGAAAAUCAGAUGUGGAUUUUAGUGUUAAACAAAAAAGAAAAAAAGUGUCUAUAAAUACUCAGGUGCUAAGGGGGUACGAUUUAUGGAAACAAAACCAGUUAUUGUCAUUGGAAGAUUCAGAUUUUGAUAACAGAAAUUUUUGUUUCAAAAAUCUUGGUCAUAACUGGUCGUUGUUAACAAACAAUGAAAAAGAAAGCUGGAACAAGAAAGCUUUAUUACAAAGAAACAAAUUACUUCCUCUCACUAAAGAAGAAAAAGAAAUUAAAUCUAAAAAGUUGUUAAAACAGUUGAAAAAAGUUGUGGAAGAGUUAGCAAAUAUGGGCAAUGAUGUUGUUGCGGUUACUUGUCUUGCUCAUGGUGGUGCUCCUGUUGUAACUGCAACCGAAAGAGGGUGCCAAUUUUUACUAAAUUCUGAAGAAUUAAACUUUCAGUUUAAAUUUGCUGAAUUUUUGAAAGCUCCAAUAGUCAAUACAAUACAUGUCAGGCAUACAAAAAAAGAAUAACUACUUAUAGAUUACGUUAGCAAAUUGGGUGAGAAACAAUUUUUGAACACAAAAAUAAUCAUUAUGAACUUUGUUUGAUUGUGUUUGGAAAUUUAAUACAAAACAAUUUCUUAAAAAAAAUUAUUACAAAUUUUGCUUGACGCAUUGCUUCGCAUGUCUAUGAAUAAUGGAAACUUGCAUCAACAACUUUUUUGCAUCAACAAAAUAGUUUUAAAAAGAAAAGAAAACCCAAAAGGACGAAUUAGAUCGAUAUCAAAAUAAAUUGUUUGGGCUAAAACAAUGUACGCGGUAAAUUUAUUAAAUAACUCAUUUUAAAGCCAAAUAUAAUAUUGUGUAAUAAUAAACAUUUUUCAUUGACGUUCAUUUAAGAGAAACAACGCAAAACUUUAAUUCAAUUUUAAAAUGUUGCCGAGGUAAAUAGUAAUUUUGUGAGUCCCUCAGAAUUUGUUUGCCGAGGCCUAAAAAUAUGAAUUUUUUAGAAGAAACGAUUAACUAAUAAAAAAGCAGUAUUGCAGGGAUCCCGGAACAUAUUAAUUUGCAGGGUGAUAAUUAAUAAAAUGAAAAUGUUGUUAUUAAUACAGAAAUAGAUUUAAACAAAAAAAAAAAAAUUAAUUUAUUGCUAUAAAACUGUGCAGGUCAUCACCGCUUGGCUCCCGCGGUGUUAUGCAUUCAUCCGACAUAAUAUAAAAUAAAUAAAGUAUGUUUUAUUAUAAUGGUAAACAUUUAUUCAAAU